GCUUGGCAAAGAAGGUUAAGGAACCAAGGUGGGCUGUGAUUGACUCCCUCUGGGUUGGGGACCCUACCAGGCUAUCCAUAGCAUAGUGAGCCUAGAGCGGUCCAAGGUGAAUGCUUAAGUCCGGCCCAGGGAGGGGGUUCAGGGAAACGACAGACAGUUGCAGUCGCCUGUGCUUUGUCGGGAGGACGAAGUCACGUGAAAAACAAUGAGGUAGAGUCAGGAAGAGACUGAGAAGUGAGGGCUUCUGGAAACUGCUGGAUUCUCCCAGUGUCACCAACAGAGAAGGAGAUUGCAAGUGGGGGCGGGCUACACUUGCUGAGUCUUGAGCUAGCGACGACGCAGCAGAGGUGCGGGGAGGAGCGAGCACAGGAAGGAGGAAAGAAAGGAAAGAUCGCGAAGAAAGUCAUCGGGACAAGGAGGAUUCAGAGCACUCAGCGGCUUUAGAAGAAAGAGCAAUAGCGUCAUGGCCUCAGUGUCCACUCACGGGAACCAAGAGAAAAGUCCCCACUUGCCACCACUGAGCAAGCAGAGCCUGUUGUUUUGCCCCAAAUCAAAACUGCACAUCCACAGAGGAGAGAUUGCCAAGAUUAUCCGAGAGUGUCAAGAAGAGAGUUUCUGGAAGAGAGCCCUGCCUUUUUCUCUUAUAAGCAUGCUUGUCACCCAGGGACUCGUCCACCAAGGUUAUUUAGCUGCUAAUCCAAGAUUUGGGUCAUUGCCUAAAGUUGCACUGGCUGGUCUCUUGGGAUUUGGCCUUGGAAAGGCUUCCUAUAUAAGAAUAUGCCAGAGUAAAUUUCACUCCUUUGAAGAUCAGCUCCGUGGUGCUGGCUUUGGUCCUGAGCAUAACAGGCACUGCCUGCUCACCUGUGAGGAUUGUAAAACCAGGCGUGGAUUAAGCGAAAAGGCAGGGUCACAGCCUUCGGCUUCCUAAACCGAGACCAUGGUUCGCAAUCAUUUUUAAACCUCUGACUUUGUACACAUUUCAAAUUUCAAGUGUACCUUAAAAUAAUAUACUUCUAUUGAAACAGAAA